AUGGACCUCAUUUGCAAACACAGCAACUUUGAAAACAACACACAGAAUAACGGGAGUGAGUUCGGCCAUGUGGUCUUUGUGAUGAACUGGGUAGUCUUUUCCUUGGGCAUCCCAGUCAUCUUCCUGGCCAUCUAUCUACUCUACUGCCUGAUCAGUGCUAACAACAUUGCGCCCAUCUUCAUCAUCAAUCUGCUGAUCUCAGACCUCCUUCAAAUGUGUGUUAUACCAGUCAUGCUCCAGGGCUGCUGUCAUUAUGUGGUGCUGCUUGUGUACUACCAUGGCCUGACAGCAAGUGUGUGCUUCAUGGUGUGCAUCGCUCUGGAGAGGUACUUCCUGAUUGCCUUUCCCCUCUGGUACCGUUUCCGAUACAAAGUUCAGUAUUCUGUCAUGGUGUCUUCCAUAUUCUGGCGGUUCCCCUUCGCCAAUAUCGUCUUCGGAUCCUUCCUGCCGUCUAUUGAGGCUUCGCUGUACCUGAACUCUGUUCUGAUCCUGAUCCCACUCCCGCUGCUGAUCUUCUUCUUGGUGGGAACGCUGAGAGCUCUGUCCGACUCCAUUUCUGUUCACGUCCUGGAGAAGAGACGCAUCAUUGGAAUAUUGGCACUGGUUCUGGGGACUUACUGUCUUCUCUUCCUCCCACGAGUCAUACAUUUCCUUUUGGUUGCUGUGCACAGCCCUUUGAAGACAGAACUGUGGGGCAUCAUGGUGCUGUUCAGCCCCUUGGUGGAUCCCCUCCUCUAUGUGUUCAUACGGAGGGGGGCCAAGGACAUCCUGAUGGCCUGUCCCUGUCCCUGCCUGGAUACGCUGCUGCCUGGGGAGCACAACCUUACCCAGACCAGCCUGACUGAUAAUCCCACUUUGACCACUGUGACUGGAACCUUGUGA